AUGGUACUACAAUUGCAUGUAUGGGGCCCGGCCUUUUCCCUGCCCUCCAUUGACGCACAAUGUCUCGCUGCAAUCGCAUACUGUUCUGAGGUCCUCCCCAAGGACUCAUGGGAGCUGGUCGCGAGCAGCGAUCCCUCCGUGUCCCCAACAGGCGAGCUCCCUGCUCUCCAGAAUGGCUCAAUCUGGGUAAGCCGGUUCCGCAACAUCGUCGACUACCUCCGCCAACAUUCGAACGGAGCAUGGCACCGGGAUCGGGACCUGGAUGGCGUGCAAAAGGCCGAUAGCAUUGCGUACGCAACCCCCUCCCAAGUCUACUACAAAUACAAACAGCUAACCCUAUUCCCCUCCAGCUUCUCCGCCUUCGUUGAAUCCCGCGGCCAACCUCUCCUCGAUCUCUCCCUCUACGUAACCAGCCAAAACUACUACACCAACACAUCCCCAGCCUAUGGCUCUCUCCUCCAAUGGCCAAACCAAUGGAUCCUCCCACCCAAGCUACACAACGCCGCCAAAUCCCGCACCGAACACCUCGGCCUCUCAUCCCUAGACCUCCAAGCAGUGGAAGACCAACGGAAACGCGAGCACUCCGCCGCCGUAGCAGCCGGCCAGGUCCCUAGCACCAUGGUCCAGCCACCCCGCGACACAGUCUCCAAACUCCUCGGCCGCACAGCCCAAACCAACCAAUUCCGCCUAGAAGCCCUAACAGCCGACUUCUUCGAGCCCCUCGAAGCAAUGCUCGCCCGCAGCAACAACACCUGCUUGCUUCCCGCCGAUGAGGCUAACAGCCCUUCCUCCCUGGACUGCAUUGCACUGGGCUACCUAUCCCUAGCGCUAGUUCCGGAACUCGCCUUCCCCUGGCUGCGCGACGCCAUGCGCGCCAAAGCCCCUCUGCUGACGGCGUACACAGAGCGCAUGCGCACUCGCUGUUUCGGCGACGCCGUCUCCCCCGCGCAAGCCUACCAGCCCACCACACCCGCAGCCCUGCCGUGGCGCGCACCUGAGCGUAUCUCCGUCGCUGCGGUCGGGAGCACACUCCUCGGCACGCUGGCGGAUAACACGCCCUUCUUGAGCGAAGUGCGUCAGAACCGGCGGUUGAAGCAGACCGCAGAGUCUGACUCAACGUUCUCCUCUAUCGAAAAACAGGUUCUAUCGUCCUAUGCGGAUUCUAACACCAAGGAUAUGUUCGUGUCCAUUGCGACUGCUGUGGCAGGCACAGCAGCCCUCCUUGGAUACAUGGUUCAUGUGGGCUUGCUUUCCCUGUCAACCGGGGGCGCGGAAGAAGAAGAGCUCGAGGAAGAGGUAGACAUAUCCCAACUUGGAAGUAUAUCCGCGCUUGACAUGUUGAGUGAAUUGUAA